CCCGUUACUACCGCACUAAUACUGAACUUUGUCUUAUGGUAAACACGAAGUGAUACAACCGGACGCACGGACCGAAGGUCGAUAACACAACAGCUCAGUUAAAAAGCGAAAUGCAUGUUAGUUAAAUCGGGUCUCUUCGCCAUCAUCAUGAACUUCUUUUUGGAAACGCUUCAGCUGCUCGUUAUGUCGCUGGUCUACAGCGUUGAAGCUUUCGUUCGGAUGUUUAUACCGGCUCGGAAGAAGAAUGUGUCCGGGGAGAUCGUGCUGUUGACCGGGGCGGGCAGCGGCAUCGGCCGCCUUAUGGCCCUUGAGUUCGGGCGCCUGGGCGCGCGCCUUGUGCUGUGGGACAUCAACGAGGAGGGGAAUGCAGAGACCGCGCGCAUGAUUGAAGAAAUGCACGGAGCGCGAGCGUACACAUAUACCUGUGACUGUAGCGACAGAGAGGAAGUGUACAGAGUUGCAAACCAGGUGAAGCGUGAGGUCGGUGAUGUCGCAAUUUUAAUAAAUAAUGCAGGAAUUGUUACUGGGAAGAAGUUCUUGGAGUCUCCUGAUGCCCUUAUAGAGAAGUCUAUGCAGGUCAACAGCCUGGCACAUUUCUGGAUGUACAAGGCGUUUCUCCCAGCAAUGAUAGCUAGCAACCACGGUCAUGUGGUCAGCAUUGCGAGCUCUGCUGGACUUAUUGGGGUCAACGGACUGGCAGACUAUUGUGCGAGUAAGUUUGCUGCAGUUGGCUUUGCUGAGUCCAUGGCGCUGGAGCUGCUGGCCAAUGGCUGCGAUGGAGUGAAGACCACCAUAGUCUGCCCCUUUUUCAUUAACACUGGCAUGUUUGAUGGCGCAAACACAAAAUGGCCCAGACUCAUGCCUAUUCUAGAGCCGGAUUAUGCAUGUAGGAAAAUUGUGGAUGCUGUUCUGAGAGAACAGGUUCAUUUGUAUAUGCCGCGGAGCAUCUACAUAGCCAUGGUUUUGAAGAAUUUGUUACCCACGAAAAUGGGCGUGCUGCUUGGUCAAUAUCUGGGAGCGUUCAACUUCAUGGCUAAGUUCAAAGGUCAUGGAAAGAAGAGCGACUAAUUUCCACCAUUGGACAAAUCACAGACUGACGGCAAACCAAAGCAGAGUGCUGCCUUCAGUACUUGUGGAGUGAGAUCAAUAGGUUUGGAUAAAAUCAAGCAUGGAAAACAUAGUAUGCCUAACAUGCAAUCAUUGAGACAACUUUUGAGAAGCACUUACUCCUUAUUUUCAGCACUUACAUUUUAACAAUUGCAUUAAAUCAGUCUCUUUUUUUAAAUAAUAAUAAUAGUGACAAACUCAUCUUGGGCCAGUUGCACUUAACUUGCACCCAAAUUAAGGAUUCUUGUAGAUGAGACUUCCCUUCAAUAGAGGUGAUGAUUCUGUGAUUGCUACACUGAAAAGGUGGUAACCUGAUAUAGUAACCUUAAGCAUCUAUUCUUGAUUCCUAUUUGUUUUUAAUAGCCUAUAAUGCAAGGAGACUUCAUGUAUUUCACUUCCCCUUGUUAGACUUCUAUAUAACAUGUGUUAAUAAGGAAAAUACAUGAUGUGAAAUGUUCUAAUAAAAUGUUCUUUUAACUUUUGCUAAGUUUUAGUACUAUGUAUGUCAGAUUUGUAAGUACAAGUUGCUUUAAUCAAUAUUAUGUCAUAAGGUAGUUUUUAAUACAUUUUAUAGCAUUACAUUUACUUUGAAAAAUGGUGCGCAAACGCAUGCAAAAUACAAAUGAAAUGUGCUGCUAGUGAUUGUAGCGUUCUGAAGCGUUCACGUGACAGAGCCGUUGAAUUAGCCACGCCCCUUCGUUCCAAAAUCCCGCCCUCCGAAGAUAAUUUUGAGACCAAAACCGAUUAAAAGAGCAGCGUUGUUUGUUCCUGCGGCUGUUAAAUUCAACAGUGGCACAAUAGCGCCCUAAACUGACAAACGUUAUGAAUCACAGCCUUAAUGAUCCUCUUCAAAUACAACACUGUGAGAACGAGCGGAAUGAUUGACAGGUGACGCUAGAGGCUGUAGUUUUUAGCCUACUUGUUAGCAUCCCUGCUUCCCAUGCCAGAGAUGCCGGUUCGAAUCCCGCUCAGAGUGGGUAGAGCAGGACCGGUUACAGUGGUGCCGUGACCCGGAUGGGAGUGAGGUUUAGGGAGGCGUGAGUCAGCUGUUAGGUAGCUGUGUAGUGUGUGUUAGUGAUGGGUUGUUCAUGAACGAUUCGUUCAUUUUGAACAAAUCUCUUAUGUGACUCAGAAGAACGAGCAGUCUCAGAGCGAUUUGUUCAUUUUGCAUUGGCGGCGCGUGCUCAUUGCGCAACCUCCAUUCAUUUGUCAUGUGACAGCCGUAUACGCAAUGCAUUGCUCACACAGGAAACAGAAAUGAUUAGUUCACCUCCGGAGUCUUCUUGUCCAAGUCGUUCAGUAGCGUAUGUGGCUGUCACAUGACGAAAGAACGACCGACUCGGACAAGAAGAUUCCAGAGGUGAACUAAUCUUUCUGUUUCUCAUAAUUUGUCUUUGGCUGCAUUAUAAAUUUUUCUUAUUGGGACUAUAAUCAAAGUUUGCCUAAGUAGACGUUUUUGAAAAUUGGCUAAUUUAUUUCUGCUCAAAUGAACGAAAUGACGCAUUCCUUCAUUUUGCUGAACGAGACUCAAAGAUCCAAGUCAGCAAAAUGAUCCGAUCUUCCCAUCACUAGUGUGUGUAAACCUCACUCCCCUGGCCAAAAGAGGCACACUAGCGACUAGCGCUAGAGGCUGUAGCCUUUAUCCUCCUCCUUAGCAUGCCCGCCUCCCAUGCCGGAGACCCCGGUUCGAAUCCCGCUCGGAGUGGGUCGUGCAGAACCGGUUACACUAAUUUGAGAGUGCUAAUAUUUGUACACAGGUUAGACAGUAUUGUAGGCCGUAUUGCACGAAGGAUUUAAAUCUAAUCCAGGUCUAAUCUUCAUUUAUGUCGUCUCACUGAAUUUAUGUUAUCAUGUGUUAUAGUUGACUCAUCAGUGAAGAGUUCGUCUCCUCUAUAAAUGACUAACACGCUAGUCACUAGGGUGCGUGACAUGAGUAGGUAGUGCUCAUACUGUAGCGCACACGUUUUGUCCACGUAGGAGAAACCAUUUCAUGGCUGUAGAAAAUUAAAUAAAUCAUAUUUUAUAUUUCCAAGCCAAAUCAAACUGACACAUUGUAAACAGAACAGAUUGUCAUGUUAAACUGUUUAUCAAAUCUGGUGCAUCUCAUUUUAUGGCAGUAUUUAAAGUGGGAGCAUUGCGCCCCCAUGUGGACACAAACUCAAAUCUAUGGACACCUUUUAAAGGGAUAGUUCACCCAACAUUUUUAAUUCUCUCAUCAUUUACUCGCCCUCAUGCCAAUCCCAGAUGUUUGUGACUUUCUCUCUUCAGCAGAACACAAAUGAAGAUUUUUAGAAGUAUAUCUCAGCUCUGUUGGUCCUUAUAAUGCAAGUGAAUGGUGACCAGAACUCGGAAGCUCCAAAAAUGACAAAAGAGGCAUAAAAGUAAUCCAUAAGACUCCAGUGGUUUAAUCCAUGUCUUCUGAAGUGAUACGAUAGAUGUGGGUGAGAAACUGAUCAAUAUUUAAGUCCUUUUUUUAACUGUAAAUCUCCACUUUAACAUUCAGCUACCUUCUGAUUUGGACUGGUCAAAAAUGGAGAUUGAUAGUAAAAAGAACUUAAAUAUUUUUGUUUCUCACCCACAUCUAUUGUAUCACUGGAUUACAUAUAUAUGUAUAUAUAUAUAUAUAUAUAUAUGUGUGUGUGUGUAAAGAUUUAGCGUUUAAAAAAAAUAUAUAUAUAUAUAUGUGUGUGUGUGUGUGUAAAGAUUUAGCGUUUAAAAAAAAAUAUAUAUAUAUAUGUGUGUGUAAAGAUUUAGCGUUUAAAAAAAAUAUAUAUAUAUAUAUGUGUGUAAAGAUUUAGCGUUUAAAAAUAAAAUAAAAAUAAUAUAUGUGUGUGUGUGUGUAAAGAUUUAGCGUUUAAAAAAAUAUAUAUAUAUAUAUGUGUGUGUGUAAAGAUUUAGCGUUUAAAAAAUAAAAUAAAAAUAAUAUAUAUAUAUAUAUAUAUGUGUGUGUGUGUGUAUAUAUAUAUAUGUGUGUGUGUGUGUGUGUGUGUGUGUAAAGAUUUAGCGUUUAACAAAUAAAAACAAUUAAAAAAAAAAUAUAUAUAUAUA